GAAAACAACAACCUUCCGGUGGCUGGCUCUGUUGGAAAUUCUGAUAGGGUUGCCAUUUUCACUCAAUAUAAAAAUAAAACAAAACCAUUCUUUAGUAAACGCAGACCGCACAAUGAGUUUAUCUGCGAAUAUUAAACACCAGAGAAAAAACCACUAGAGUAAAAAAUGGCUGACCCUGUGAUGAUGGGGAGCGGAUCUUUAAACUCCGGAAGCCGCUCUGGGAGCAGUAAGACCAGCACAAGUCCUACAGAGAACUAUCAGCUGGCUCGGAGACGCACAUUGCAGGUGGUGGUCAGCUCUCUGCUGACCGAGUGUGGCUUUGAGAGCGCUGAGAAAGCUGCGGUGGAGACACUCACUGAGAUGAUGCAGAGCUAUAUCACUGAGGUUGGACGAUGUGCGAAGGCAAACUGUGAGCACACAGCUAGAAGCACCCCUACACUCUCUGAUGUGGUCAUCACUCUGGUCGAAAUGGGUUUUAAUGUGGAUACUCUUCCAGUGUAUGCCAAAAGAUCACAAAGGAUGGUCAUAACUGCACCUCCAGUAACAAAUGCUCCAGUGGUCCCAAAAGCCCUCAUGGCUGGACACAAGCGCACUCAUCCACCACACAUCCCCAGCCACUUCCCAGAGUUCCCAGAUCCUCACACAUACAUCAAAACACCAACCUUUCGAGAGCCUGUAUCAGAUUACCAGGUGGUGAGAGAGAAGGCGGCAUCACAAAGGAGAGAUGUGGAGCGUGCUCUCACACGCUUCAUGGCCAAGACCGGAGAGACACAAAGCCUUUUCAAGGAUGACAUCAGUGCAUUUCCUUUGAUCGCUGCAAGGCCGAGCUCCAUCCCUUACUUGAGCGCCCUGCUGCCCUCUGAACUCGAGCUACAGACCCUGGAGGAGACGGAUUCAUCCGAGCAGGACGACCAGACAGACACAGAGAACAACCCCAGUCACAUCAUUCAGGAUGACUCGGGUGCAGAUAAGGAGAACGCAGUGCUGCCACCUGGUGGUGCUGUGCCUACAGGGAAGGCCAAUGAGGAAAACAUGAUUGACAACCCAUACCUACGGCCAGUCAAAAAGCCCAAAGUGAGAAGGAAAAAAUGAAAAUGAUUUCACUCAGCUACUUCUACAUCAGCAGGUUAUGACGAAUGAUGACUUCUUAGCACUUGCUAAUCAAAUUGUGCCCAUUGAAGUAACAGCUAACACACUGAGGAGUCUUCAACAACCGCAAUUUGGAAACAGUGGCGGCCCAUCAUGUUAUUGACGUUGGAUUUAUAUGACAGACUGUUCUGUACAUCUCACAAAUUUUAGAUGGAAUUCACACAGGCAACUUCCCUUAAGAGUAACACUCCUUACAGUAGUUUGUUUUGAUAAGCCUUCCCUUGAAAUGUCAUUUAGUUUUUACAGUUCUCCACACAUCAAAAACAUGACAUUCUCUUUUGAUUUGUGCCUAUUUGUUACUCAUUUGUGAAUGAUGGUAAUACAUGUGUUUUAUUGUUUAUUUUAAGCUGUUGUUUCAAAAGGACAAGUUGAAAAUUAAACCAGAACGUGGGGAUAAAGUAAACAUCUCCAUUAGAAACAUG